AUGGCACCCAAAUCAUCAUCGUCAUCAUCUUCCUCUGGAGCGACUUCGUCAACCUCCUCCACAUACUGCCUCGUCCCGAAUUUGCGCGCCAUGGACCAGAGCAGCGCUUACGCCUGGGUCCGGCCCAUCGUCAUCGAGGACGAGGAUCUCAUGUUUGGCGGCAAGUCGCUGAGCACGCUCUACGAGGAGGAGCGUCGGCGCCAGAGCACCGGCGGAGGCAGCGUCGCCGGCAACAGCAGCGACGAGGAGCAGCAGCACGAGGAGGAGGAGAGGCGCGGUCGCGAACGGGUGCGACGCCACUACAGCCCGCCUACCAAGUCGCACCGCAAAUAA